AUGAACGGAAUCAAGUCACAGGGUAUUGAGGGCAACCGCGGCCUUGUUGUUGCUCUCAGCACUGUACUCUCUGUGCUUGGAGUAAUUAUCAUUAUCGGAGCUAUCUUUCUCUGCUACCGUUACCGCCGUGGCCGCCUCCCAUUCAGCCGCCGGGGCAACAGCCCGAUUGACGACGAGGAGAUCGAGUCUUGGAAGGCCUGCCGGACAAUUGAGAAGUGCACUACCGUCGUUGUGGACAAACAUGACUCGGCUGGUUCCAUUCGCAAGCCAGCCAGCGUGAUCGUCUAUCAAAAUCACAACCAGCACCAGCCACGCCCUUCUACGGAUACGGCACCACGCUCUCUGUAUCACAAGCGGAGCAUGGACAAGAAGAGCAUUGAUAUCCCUCAAACUCCUGUUCUCGCACGAGCCCCAAAUGCCCGCGUUGGUCUCACUGACGACGCCGUCGAGGGUGACCUCGCCUUCCUCCCAUCUCCCAAGCAACAGAAUUCCAGACUAUCCAAGUUGCCGUCUCCUCGUCAUGGCAGACACUGCAGCUCUCGCAGCAGCGCGAGUGUCGGUAGCCUGCGCGAGCACUGGUACGGUUACCACACCGACACAGAACUGUCCCCCCGCCCUUCGGUGGACCCUUACUCCCGGAUGCCUUCUUCGGCACACUCGGAUGGGAAGCACCAGCGCGUUUACUCGUCUCCCUCAAACCCUCCGAGACUUUCACUCGAUGAGGAAUAUCACAUGGGUGGCCUCUCCCCACGCCCUUUUCUACGGCAAUCAGAAAUUGGUCUCGCGGUAGGCUGA